AUGGGCGACUCAGACCCAAUGUCGCCGCCUCAGGUUUUCCAUCGACAGGCGUACCUGAGCAAAGCCGAUCCUGAGCUACGACUCUUUUACAUGGAAUGCUCACCACCCACAAAGCAACGGAAGGGCACCAUUCUGUUGAUACAUGGCUUUCCAGAAAGUUCGUACCAGUUUCGGCACGUAUUGGUACCAUUUGCUGAAGCCGGCUAUCACGUCAUCGCACCGGACUACAAAGGCCACGGCUUCUCGUCCAAGCCAUUUGGAGACUACAACUAUACAAAGAAGCAGCUCGCGGCAGAGCUGUUCGAGCUAUUGGCCAAGCACAUUGGUGUCAAGGAGAAGGUCCAUGUUGUCGGCCACGACAUCGGUGGAACAAUCGCUCAUGCAUACGCGGCGCAAUUUCCCGAAAACACAGCUGACGUGAUUUGGGGAGAGUGCCCGCUGCCGGGCAGCACUCUGUUCGAUAAGAUCAAGCAUACGGAAACUCUAUGGCAUUUCGACUUUCAAAGCCAUAAACCCGAGCUGUCAGCCGCCCUAGUGGCAGGCAAGGAGAAGAUGUACCUGAAGCACUUCUACGACCGAUUGACUCAGAAUGCUAGCGUUUUCUCCGAGGAUGUCCUUGACUUCUACACCACUCGAUACUCAAUGCCAGAUGCAUUGCGGUGUGCUUUCCUCAGCUAUCGUGCGUUUACUCAAGAUGGGAAAGACAACUUGGACUGGCUGAAUCAGAACGGCAAGUCGAAAGUUCGAUCAAUGAUUAUGUCCGGUGAUCACAGUUUCAUUGCUGCAGAGGCUGAGGGCAUGGCGAGAGAGAUGUAUGAGACAGUGCACCAUGCCACGGUGGAGGAUAGUGGCCACUUUCUGGCGGAAGAGAACCCUACCGACUUCGUCCGAAAGGUCUUGCAAUUCGUGCAGGCGAAGUCCCCUUGA